AUGGAAGAUUAAUGGUUUCUAAAUGGAAAGAAAGUAAUAAAGCAAUAAAUGUUAUCAAAAUCAUCACAUUAAAUAAUUAAUGGUGUAUCAAUAACAUUAGAAGCUUCAUUUGGAUGUUUGUAAAAUCCAAUAAGAAAGAAUUGUAUGUUUGUUAAUGAUGAUACUCUUAUGUUUAUAAGUGGAAAACAUAUAGUGCUUUAUGAUAUAAUAAGAAAACGAUAAACUUAUAUAAUGAAGAGUGCUGAAGAUGAAGUAGUCUAAGCAUUGAGUUUUCAUGUUUCACAUGGAUAAAAAUUGUUUAUUGCAAUAGCAUUUAAAUCAACAAGCAAGAUUCUUCCAACAGUUAAAGUGUACAAUAGAAAAAAGAAACGAUUUUAUUAAUGUGUUCAUUCUCAUUUAUUACCUAAUAGUAAUAUUCAUGAAAUAUUAUUUAUAAAUGAUGGAAAGGUAUCAUAUAAAAUAUUAAUUAGCAUCUAAUAUCAUUGUCUACAUAAGAGGAUGGUUAUGGAAUGAGUUUAUUUGCAGUUAGUAAAGAAGUUUCACUUUCUUAUACUCUUAUCAAAUAAAAAAUUAAUAUGUUAGAAUCAAUUAAUGAGUUUGAAUUUUUUUUGAUUGGACCAUAAUUUCUUACAUCAUAUAAAUAUUAAGCUGAUAUUAGUGGAUUAGAAAUUUAAAAUAAUUUAAUUACUAUCUUAGAAUUAUAAUAAGAUGAAGUUAUUGUAGGGGUAUGUUAUAAUACUGAAAGGAAAUAUACAAUUGUUGCAACUAGUAAAAACAAUCUUAUUAUGAUUAAAGGAGAUAAGAAAGUUGCAAAAUUUGAAUUAUAAACUCAAUAAAAAGAAUCAAAUCAUUUAUUAUGUAAAAUAGAUUAUUAAUUAAAUAAUAGAAUAAAUUAAUAAGGAUAAAAAUAAACCAACAGAACAAGAAAAAUUAGUGAAUGUUAGAAUAUCUACUAUAGCAAAAACAAAUAAAGGAUUCAUAAUUGGUUUAAUAGGAAAACCAGCUUUAUAGGUUUAUGAAAUUGAAGAGAUUUCAGAAUAAGAAUAAUAUGCCUUAAAUUUGGUUGGUACUUACUUUAUUAAGGAUGAACAUAUAUAUGGAAUUCAUUAAAUUCAUUUGGCUACAGAUGAAAUGUAUGCAGCAUUAACAGUAAUUUAUUUUAAUCGUUCUGCAUAUCAAGUAGCUUUAGGAUCAUAAUAAGUAUUAAAUAAUAUUGUAACAUGUGAAUAAAUUUUGGAAAAUUAUUAAGGAAAAUUAGAAUUAUUUACAUUUAAUUUAGCUAUAGUAGAAGCAUUAAAGUCUGUAUAAAAAGAUCCAUUUGAACCAUUAUUUGAGAAGGGUGUUCAUAAAGGUACAAUUUUCAAUAUUGCUACAACUCCUAUGAGAUCUAUAAUAGCAUCAGUUUGUGAUGAUAAGAAUAUCAAAUUUUGGGAUUAUUCAAAUGAUUUUAAAGAAAUGUUCUCUCAUUAAUUUCAUGAAACUCCAUUAUCAGUGGCUAUACAUCCAUUAAGUUAUUAAUGUGCAAUUGGAUUUAAAGAUGGGUAUUUAAAUAUAUAAUAUUAAUUAAUUAGUCUUCGAUUCUAUUUUAUAUUAGAUGAUGAUCUUAAAUUAGUUCAUAAUGAAACUACUAAAGUAUGUAAUGCACUUACAUAUAGUGAAGGAGGACAUAUAUUAGCUGCUGCUAAUGGAAAUCAAAUUCAAUUGUAUAAUCCAUUAACAUAUAAAAUGAUUAAUGUCUUGCCAAAUCAUCAAACAAAUCUAAAGGAUUUAUUAUUCAUAGAUAGAGUAUUAAAAUUCAUUAAAUAAAUAUAAGGAUAAUCUGUUAAUUUCUUAAUGUCAAUUUGGAAUUUUAUAUGUUUGGAAUCUACUCUCAGGUGAAAGAAUUUUAGAACAUGCAUAAAAGCAAAAUAAAUAUUAAAGUUUAUGUUAUGAUUUUGAAUAUGAUCUUGUUAUUGGUGUUUCAGAUCAGAAAUUAAAAGUAUAUCAUGAAAAAGGUUAGAAUAUGGUCUUAGAAGUGGAUACAUCUCCUACUUAAUUUAGUGCCAUAUGUAUUAGUCAUAGAUAUAAUGCAAUCUUUUUUGGAACUACAUAAGGAUCUAUUAGAGUGUAUUCUUAUCCAUUUUAUCAUUUCAAUCCUAAAAUGAUGGAAUCUAUAGAAAUUCCUGUACAUUAAUUAGCAGUGACUGCAAUUAAAGUAUCUCCUGAUAAUAGUUAUUUAAUAAGUUCAUCAAUAGAUGGUAGUAUAUUUUUUAGUAAAAUAAAAUAAUUCAUAAAUGGAGAAGAAGUAUUUAUAAAUAUUUAAUUAAUAUUAGAUAACAUAAUUGGAUUUGAUAACAAGAGGUGAUAUAGAGAAUAAGAUUACUAAUACAUUUGCACUUAAUAGUUUAUGUUUGUGUUCAACAACUGCUUAAGAAAUAAGAUAAGAAUAGUUGAAAGAAUUGGAAUAUAGAUUAUAAAAUUUUAAGAGUGAUAUUGAUGAUGCUAAGGAAGUUUAAUUGAAUAAUAAUGAUUAUAAAUUAAAGAAAAUAAGAGAUGAACAUGUUAAAGAGAUUUAAAAGGUUUAAGAUUAAUUAUCAUAAACUAUUUAAUAAUCUGAUGCUAAAAAUAAUAAAAUAAAAGAAGAUAAAAAGAAUUUAAUUUCAACUUCUAAGAAAACUAUUGAAGAAAUGAAUGAAUAAAAUUCAAAGAAAUUAUUGUAAAUUUAUGAUAUAAGAGAUAAAUUAAAUGAAAAAUUAUAAAAUAUUAUUAAAUAAUAAGAUGAAGAAAGACGUUUAAUUAAUUAAGAAUAUUAAUAAUCAAUUUCUUAGGUUGAUGAUGAAUACUGUUAAAAAUAUUAAGAUUUAUUUAAUAGAUUUAGUUAAGCUAUGUCUAAUAUGAAAUUAGAUCAAAGAAAAUUUAAAGAGGUCUUACAAUAAAGUGAAAAAGAUUAUGAAACCUUUUAUAAAGAAUCUUAAUAGUCUUUAAAAGCAAAAUUAGAAGAAUUUAACACUUAAACAGAAAUAUUAAGAUCUAGUAUUUCUAGAUUUAAAAAAGAAAUUGUUAGAUAUUAAAAUAGAAAAGAAAUUUUGCAUAAUUUAAAAAAAGGUAAAGAAUAUAUCAAAUUCAUAUAGAAACUGAUGAAUCUUUGUAAAGUUUACGUUAAGAAUUGAAAGGUUAUGAGGAAAAACAUAAGAUGAUGUUAGCAGAUUUAAGAGAGAAAGAGAAACUAAUAAAUUAAAGGGAAUAACAAAUAAAAGAUUUUAGAAUGAAAAAUGUUCAUUUAUAAAAUUUCUAAAAAGUUUAUGAUUAUAGAGUUAAUACUCUUAAAGAUGAAAGAGAACCUUUGAUGGAUCAUCUAAAAAAUAUGGAAGUAAAUUAUUCAUUUUUAUUUAUAUAGAAACAUGUUAAGAAUCUUUAUAAUGAAUUGAUAGAAGAAUCAGGAUUAAAGUAAUCUAGAAUUGAAGAAGAAAGAAAAUUAAUUACAGAUUUAAAUAUAUUUAAAAACUAACUUAAAUCUGCCUUAACUGUUUUAUCUUUAUCUAAAAGAAAUAUGGAUAACUUUAAAUCUUCUAUUUAAACAUUAAUUAAUAGUGACACUGGUGAUUGGCCAGAAAAAUUAGAAGAAUUGUAUCAUAUGGUCUAAAAAGAAAAUAGUAAAGCAAUUACUAUUAAAAAUCCUGUGUUUUAAGAAACUUUAAAAGAUAUGUAAAAGGAUCCUUUAUAAUAACAAAUUGAUCAAAGUUAAUAGAAUGCCAUUUAUAAAGCAUUGUCUAGCCAAAAACAAUAUUUAUAAUCAAGUCUUUCAGAAGUUGAGGCUUCUGUAAAAUAUUAAUUGGGUUAAAGAGUAGUUGCUUAUGAUACUAUUUAAGACUAAAACAAACAUCUUAUAAAAUAAUGCAAAGAAUUGAGAGAAAUAAAAUAGGAAUUGAAAUCAUAAUUAGAUAGCAUGAAUAAGGAAUAUAGAGAAAAAAAAAGAGAAUUAAAUAGUUAAGGUAUUGAAAUUCCAGAAGAAAAUGAAGAUGAUAAUUAAUUUGCCAGGACUUAUGCCACAACUUUUACUUCAAUAACUAGAACACCUGGAACAAAGUCAUAAUAAAAUUUUAGAACUAAAAUUAUUAAAAAUAUAGGAUGA